AUGUCUGGUAUAGGGGGCCUCCGACCGGUUAUGGAAUGCCCGGUGGCUUUGAGGGGUAUGACCAACCUACUUAUCCACCCCCGGAGGGCCACAAUCAGCGAUUCGGAAGCGGUGGUGACUCUGAGGGGUAUGGGCGACCUAAUUAUCCACCCCAAGAGGGCCGUGGUCAGCGAUAUGGAGACGGCGGUGAACAUAAAAAUCGCAGAGACAACGAGCAUGGCCAUCGACAUGAACGACGCCCUAGCAAUGGUUCAGGCUCCGGUAAUGAUCGUGAGAGACACCAUCGACAUGAGCGUCGCUCUAGCCAUGGUUCAGGCUCUGAUGGAGAGGAUUCUUCGCGCCGACACCGUCAACAUCGCCGCCGCCGAUCUGGCUCGGGCUCGGAUUAGAUGA